GACAUCUUUUCAGUUCCCAUUUUACAUUGGUUACGUUCGUUUCGGUUUUUGUUCGUGUACGGUUUAUUCGCCAUUUUAGUAUUCGCAAAAGGAUAUGUGAACUGGAAAUUCGGCAUAACUGUUUUACUGAAAUAUUCUUUUGUAGUUUCUGCGCUUUAUAGCAACCGGAAAGCACAGUGUUUUACCAGAAGAUGUCCCACAAUGAACGGAAAGCUCGUUUGAGUGCAGUGAAAUUUAUGGAAUUGGGCUUUUCCGCCGCCUGCCUGGCAUUGCACUUCUACAGCUUCGACGACCGCGACAUACUGACCUCAUUCGUGGCGACGGGCACCUUUUCCGGCUACAUAAUUGUCGUUGUGGGUAUUUUUGCUGGUGUCCUCAUGCGUGCGCCCAUCCACAGACGCAUCGACAUAUUCUACAGCGUGCUCGGCUGCGGCCUCUUCAUCGCGUCGGGCGUGUUCAUAAUCGAGGCUUGGGAAUUCUCAUUUCGUACACGUACACGCGAUUUGGCGCUCGUCAAGGCAUCGCUGUCCAUCGUCAAUGGCGUGUUGUUUGGUUUCGAUGCGAUUUUUACAUUUCGCGACAAAUGAAGGCGAAACGACAGAAGCAGUGACGGUGGCAAUGGAGAUGGAGAAUGAUGAAUUUCCGGAAUUGCCAGAAUUUUAUAGAGUUUUUUAAUUUUAUAAAGCGCAUUUAUUGUAUCUGUAAUUACAACAGUUUUAUUUUUAAUUUUCGUCUUUUAAUAACAUUUUUUUUUUUGUAACAACUGUUGUUGUAGCUGCUUAUUUGGCUGCCCCUUGCAUACUAAACAUUGAUAUGUAACUAAAUUAAGAGAACAUAAAAAUAUUUUU